AUGUCGAUUAAUAUGAUUAAGGCUUCUUGUAUCAAAAUGAGUGAAACAACUGUAGAUGAAGCCACUCCAUUAGUACUGACGUCGCAACGAACGUUGCUAAGAAGUGAUCAAAGAACUACAUUUCAACGAAAUCUCGCCGUUUAUUUGAUUCUAUUCAGCGCAGGUUUCGAACGCUUGGCAUUUUAUUCAUUAGCAGGUAAUUUGACAUUCUUUCUCGACUCAAAAUUAAUCAGCUGGCGAUUUCCACACACAAUCAUUGCUCCACUCAUUUUUCUCGGAACAAGUUACAUUUCGGCCAUAGUGUUUUCGUGGAUUAGCGAUGGAAGAUUGGGCAGAGCGAAAACAAUUCUGAUCGGAUUUACCAUCUAUUGCAUCGGGUAUACAUUCAUGAUUCUAUUCGCCAAUGAGCAUAUGCAUCAAAAUUGGUGUCCGCUACGAAAUAGUACAACGGAAGCAACAGCACCAGAUUUCUUUCAUGAACUUUGCAUUCAAUACAUUCUUCCGACGUUGAUUAUAACUGCCAUCGGUGUUGGUGCAGUUCAGGCUAAUAUGGCUGUAUUUGGUGCGGAACAAGUCAGAGAACAAAGAAGUAGAAUGCGCUAUUUUGAUAUCUACUAUGCUGCAGUGAACACUGGUGGACUUCUCGCAUUUGGCGCUAUUGCAUAUUUACAAAUCAAUAAAGGUUACUUCGUCGGAUACUUAAUUCCUGGUGUUUUGCUCUUCUUAGCAUUUAUACUUUUCGUACUCGGUUGUAAAUGUUACGUUCACAUUAAACCACAAGAUGCUGUCAUUACAGCUUUUCUUCCGGUAGUUAUCAAUGCGUUUCAAUCAUGGCGAACUCGACGUAGAAGUCAGUCGGGAGCGAUCAAUCGAAAUGAACUCCAUCGUGAACAACCUAUCGUAGAAACUGAAGCCGACAGUACAGAUUAUUUAUCGUUUACUGUCAGCAGACCCUCGUGGUCAUUUCUGGAUCACGCCAAAGUGGAAAAUAAUGGUCGAUUUCCUGAUCGAAUCGUAAAUGAUAUCAAAUCAUUGAGGCGUAUUAUGGUUGUUUUCUUAUUGCUAACACCAUACUGGCUACUUUAUGUUCAAGUUGAAACAACAUUCAUUGUUCAAGGUGCACACAUGAAACUACCCACAUCGUUCAAACGAAUGCCAGUUGUUUGGCUUUCGCUUGCUAAUCAAAUGAUCAUUAUUGUUACUAUCUUUGUUCUCAACACCUUCGUUUACAAACGUCUCCAAGCCAGUGGUCGAUCAUUUCCUAUUAAUACUCGUAUUGUCAUCGGAAUGACAUCCGCUGCACUCUCCAUGUGCAUGGCUGGUACAGUGGAAAUCUUUCGUCAGAAUAUUUGCAAGACUCAAAACUUCACGCAGAUCAUCGCUGACAAAGAAUACGUUGCUGCAAAUAUGAGUGUCUUCUUUCAAUUUCCUCAAUAUGUUGGUAUUGGUCUUUCGGAAGUUUUUACAUCUGUUGCCAGUCUCGAAUUUGCGUACUUGGCUGCGCCACAAUCAGCUCAAUCGUUGAUAAUGAGUCUUCGAUUUUGUUCUGCUGGUUUGUCAUCAUUUUUCGGGUCAGGCAUAGUUGGCCUCAUGUCAAUCGAGUGUAUUUUACCCACUACCAUUGCUUCCUUCUCGUCUAUUCUUUUGAAAACAAAAACAACAAAUGGUUUCAUAUCUUAUCUAUAUCGAAUUGACAGCAUCAUAGACAAUUAUCGAGUUUUACUUACAUCUGAUAUCAUAAACAACGUGCAAAUGACAGAGGCGAGCAUUGAUGAGGGUUCCCCACUCAUUUUCCAUACUUCGAGUAUUCCGAGUACGCCAGAUCAUCGAACAGAUUUUCAACGCAAACUUUCUGUUUGGCUAAUUCUAAUCAGUGCUGGUUUAGAGCGCUUAGCCUUCUAUUCGUUAGCAGGAAAUCUUGUUCUGUUUCUUACAUCCGAUGUUAUCAACUGGACGCCGUUACACAGCGUCACUGCUUCAUUCAUAUUUCUUGGUACAAGCUACAUAUCGGCUCUUAUCUUUGCUUGGAUCAGCGACGGGAAAUUAGGUCGGGCGAAGACAAUUAUCAUCGGAUUUCUAUUGUACAUCAUUGGUUAUGCAUUCAUUUCCUUAUUUUCGGACAAUGAUCAAUAUAAAUUAUAUAGUACAUUCUGUGGUAGAAGCAAUCUGACGGUAUUGGACACAGUUGGAUUUUUUCAAGAACAGUGCAUUGCUCAGAUUCUCUCGACAUUGAUUCUCACAGCUAUCGGUGUCGGUGCAGUUCAAGCAAAUAUGGCUGUGUUCGGUGCUGAACAAGUUCGAGAACAAAGAGCAACGACACAAUACUUUGAUAAAUAUUACGCUGCAGUGAAUAUCGGUGGAUUGAUUGCAUUUGCGUUUAUUGCCUAUGGACAACAAAAUGAUAGUUAUUUCAUCGGGUAUAUCAUUCCAUCGGGCCUAUUGAUUAUUGCGUUGAUUUUGUUUCUGAUCGGUUAUCGAUUUUGCAUUCAUAUUGUACCACAUGAUUCUGUAAUUAGUAAUAUCAUUCCGGUACUGAUCAACGCUUUUCAGACGUGGAGAAAACAUCGACGAAAUUCGCAGAUCUUAACGAAUAACCGAAGACAGAAUAGUUCAACUGUGUUAUUAGAUGAUCCUGUUGACUACAGUGAUCAAUUUUCGAUAACGACAAGCGGACAAACAUGGUCAUUUCUAGAUUAUGCAAAAAUAUCGAACCAAGGAAAAUUUAUCGAUCGAACCGUAGAUGACAUCAAAUCGCUCCGACGUAUCAUUGUUGUUUUUCUUCUUCUCAUACCCUAUUGGCUUCUAUAUUUCCAAAUUGAAACAACAUUUCUUGUCCAAGGUGUGCAUAUGAAAGUAAUGAAAUUCUUUCGCACGGAUCAAGGCGAUCAUUAUAUGCCUGUCAUUUGGCUAUCACUUGGUGAUCAAAUCAUCAUUAUUGUUGCAAUCUUUUUUCUGAACACUUUCGUUUACAAACGUCUUCGAGCAAGUGGACGUUCGAUUUCAAUACGUUUUCGAAUUACUAUCGGUAUGAUGUCAGCUGCGCUUGCAAUGUGUAUGGCAGGCACUGUGGAGAUAUUUCGUCAAAAACUUUGCGAUUCUCCACCAACUAUCGAACAAAUUAUUGGAAAAACGAAUUAUACUGCUGCUGACAUGUCGAUAUUUUAUCAAUUUCCACAGUACAUCGGAAUUGGUCUGUCAGAAGUAUUCGCUUCAGUGGCCAGCUUAGAAUUCGCGUAUUUAGCCGCGCCACGUUCUGCUCAAUCGUUAAUUAUGAGUCUUCGAUUUUGUUCUGCUGGUCUGUCAUCGUUCUUCGGCUCGUUCUAUAUUGGUAUAUUCGUCAAAAUAAAACAAGAUCUUGCCUUUGAAAACUCUUCCUGCAAAGCUGCAGAUGAGCCCGAGUUAUUCUUUGUUUAUUUCUUUGUAUUGGCUGCUUUUCAAGUAUUCUUCAUACUGGUAUUUCUCGCCUGUGAUCGAAAAUUUCACAUACUGAAAGUUUCCAAACAACGAUUCAACACCAGAUUAUUUGUUGCACCGACAUCUCGAUCAUCUACUCGCUGUUGA